CGGCGUCCGAGACGGCUCAAGAGUCCCAAGAUUGUUCCUCCGUCGCCUUGUUGGCUCAAGUCACAUCGGCCCAAGGCCCAAGCUUUCGCCGCUCACAAGAAAUCUGCGGCGUUCGCUACAAGAGUUCGCGCUUUGCCGCUUAGUUGCGGUCGGUGCCAUGAUUUUUGUGGUUUUCGCAGCUCUCGCGCUCCUUGCUCGUACUUCCCUCGCAGAUCGCGGGAACCUUGCCCUGGAGCUCGGUGGAGGUGCGCACACGAGGGUGGUGAAGGCCCACACGGCCCAGGAGCUGUCCGAGAUCAAAGACCAGCUCCGCCAGCUGCAGGAGCGGGUUGACCGCCUGGAGGCCGAGCAGGCGGACGAGGCUGCCGAGGUCCAGAGCGCUCACACGACGGUCCAGACAAACUGCAAAAACUGCAGGACCAGGAAGUUCAGGCUGUACCUCGCCCAGACCGGCGCUGCGCUCACCGUCGGUACAGUCGGCACCGUGGCCAGCGUGUUGGGCACGCCCAUCGCGGGUGUUGCCGCUGGAGGCGGUACCGCAGCUGUCACGUCCGGAAUGCUCGUAAAGUACACGACGAAGCUCACCAAGAAGUACCCGUGCUUGAAGGAAAAGGCUAAACAAGAGCAGAUGCUGGCGGAUCUGAAAGCCGAUAUCAUGAAGGAGAUUGACGCGAGGGACAGGGCCAAAGCAGAAGCGGAACUCGAGACAGCAAAGGUCGACCAGGAUGAAAGCGAGUGCGUGGCGCUGUGAGCGGGGACUUGCGAGUAAUUCGUAUCGGGGCAGCCAGGGGCCUGCAGCUUCUGCUGAGGAGCAGCAGACCCUAGCCUAGGAGGAGCUGCAGACCCUAGCCUAGGAGGUACGUCCGGCGCCCCAGGGGCGCAACCAGCCUGCCCGCAGUGGCGCAGAGCAUCGGCGCGCUCUCCGCCAUCCACCAGAGUAUCAGACCUUUUGAUGACGCUCAGGAUCUGCUUUCUGCCUUUCUUCUGAACGCAAAAGAAUCCCAAGACUGUCCAAGAGGCGCCCCAGACGCCCGAAGAGGGCCCCAGGAGGAGCUCAACGCUUCCCCAAGAGGGGGAGCGCGAACCGACAUGUAGAG